AUUGGAUGAAUAGGCCCUUUCAUAUAUAUGAAGCUAGCUUAAUUAUAAUUAGUAUUAAUAAAAGAUUAUUUUUCUGUAUCUAAAGACCCUAUUCUAAUAAAAAUAGAAAGGAAAUGGAUUAUGUAGUCUUGCCAUAUUUAGUAAUCAUUAUAACAUGCCAUUAUUAUGUAGAUAAAUAUAAAUAUAUAGAUGUAGAUAUAUUUAUAUAUGUGUAUGUGUAUGUGUAUGCCUAUGCCUAUACCUAUACCUAUGCCUAUGUGUAUCUAUCUAUCUAUCUAUUUCUAUAGUUU